CCCUAACCUCCCUUCUCUCUUGUCAACCCCCUCCAUUCCAUCCUUCCUUUCUAUUUCUCCAACGCAUUCUGCUUUCCCAAUCCUUUCCCUCGUCAUAUUUCAUCAGCCUCACUUCCUCCUUCUCCCUCUUAACUUCCCUAGUCUCCCAACACAACAUACCUCUUCGUCCCCCUUCGCUCUGCUCUCUUGUGUUUGAUCGUGUCACCUUGAGCGAUUUCACCCUGUUUACUUUCUUCGCCUUGUGCUACCCAACAAUACUAUUUUGUUUUUUGAGUUUUGAGUACGGUUUUAAUGACGAUGGACUAUGAAAAUGAAAAUAACCGUGAUUACGAUGAAGAUGGACGUGACUACCGUCGUGAUGAACGCUCGAUGUCGCCUCGUGGACGUCGCGAGGAUUCUUCCCCAAGAAGGGACCGCGUGAGAAGCGCCUCCCCUGGGGGCCGUGGCGGCGAGAGAUCUGUUCCUCCUGAGUCGCGCCCUGAUGAUCGUCGCCCUAUGGAUACUGCCUCCACCUCUUCCGAGCGUGGUGGUGAACGCCGUGGUCCUAGCUCUUCUGAUGGCUCCCAAAAUCCUGGCACUAACCUCUUUGUUACUGGCAUUCACCCACGUCUUACCGAAGAUGAUGUUACUCGUCUCUUCGCCAAGUACGGUGAGGUUGAAAAGUGUCAAAUUAUGUUGGACCCUCACACCAAGGAGUCUCGUGGCUUCGGGUUUGUCAAGCUUGCUACAUUGGAUCAAGCGGACAGCGCGAAAGAGCAUUUGCAGGGUGAGGUUUUUGAAGGCCGAACUUUAUCUAUUGAGAAGGCGAGACGUAGUCGUCCCAGGACUCCUACUCCUGGAAAGUACUUCGGUCCACCUAAAAGAGAUGAUUACCGUCGUGGGCCACCCGGUCGUGAUGAUGGUGGUUACCGUGGUGGGCGUGGCCCGUCGCGUGGUGGUGGUGGCCGUUUUUACGAUGAUUAUGAUCGUGGCUAUAAUCCUCGCUAUGAUGAUCGUGAUCGUGGCGGGCGUGGAGACCGCUACUAUAGUUCUCGUGAUAGGGGUGAUGACUUCCCGCCCCGUGGAGUUGACCGCUACGCGUCUGGACGUGACGAUAGGUAUAGUGGAAGAGAUGAAAGACGUGCGCCCAGGGAUGCUGGCUAUGCUAGCUAUAGUGAUCGUGAUGUCGGAUAUUCUCGCAGCAGUGCUGGUGAGCCUGCGGUUCCCGCAGCCACCGGCGGCGAAGGUGGAAGAGCCUAUGGAGGUGGCGCUUACCGUGACGAGACCCGUGGCGAUGAUCGUAGUUACAGGAGAUAGAUUAUUCAGGCCUAUCUAAAGUCACCCACCCUGUAGUUUUUUCUCUCUCUUUUUUUCCUUUUUUUGAUCGGGUACAGCUUUCUCCCUUAACCUUUAUUUACACUUUCUAAAAGUCUAUCUUUGUAUCCCUUCAUUUCUUACUUUGUUCCUUAUCGUGUGUGUUGUUUUGUUUUCUUUGGUUGGAGAGUCGGGUCUUGUGUUGGAAGAGGAGACUUACUUCCUCUUCUCAUGCGUCUUUAGACUCGGAUUAAUUCGGCGGUCGGAAAAAAAUUGGGGCAGGGAGGAGGAUCUGUGUGAACGAGUUCGACAUCAACGAGCGACAAGUGAUUUUGACAGUUCACACUGGCUCGGUCUUUCGUCGAUACUUCUCAAAAUUCUUCUUUUUUCUUUUCA